AUGUCGGCAUCUGUGACCAAUCAUACCCACCAUGCCGAGGAAAACAGCAAGCUGCCAGAGCUCUCGGUUGCCUGUAGUAACUGUCGCAACCGCAAACUGCGCUGCUCCAGGGAAACACCCGCAUGUCAACACUGCCGCAAAACUGGGAGCGACUGCGUGUAUGAUCCCAAACGGUCCAAGCCGGGGAUUAAACCUGGGGCUAUUGAAAAUUUACACCGACGGCUAGGUAUGAUAAUGAAGAGUGCUGCUGCUGAUCGCCUGGAAGAUUUUGUUAUCGACCGACUGGGAGACGAUACGCCAGACGAGUCCAACCGACAAACACAGCCGAGUGCAGACGAGUCUACGGCAAGUUCUGUUCUGUCUGCACUGGCACGGGAGCUUCAGAGAUUCAGCGACAAGCCGGCAACCGGGGCCGCUGAUCGCCCAGCUAAACGACAACGGUUGGACGACCGCAUCGGCCCUUCUCAUUCUUCGCUGUCGGAUGUGGAUCGCCGUUUGGUACUUGAUUUUCUCAAUCCGAACACGAUUGAAGAUGUUUUGCAGACAUACUUCAAGCAUAUACACCCUUGGAUCCCUCUCGUACACGAGACCAACUUGCGUCGGCGACUUCUCGACACAAAAAACAGAUCAAAGCUUGACGUCUUGAUUGGAAGUGGGGUGGGGGUAAAGGCAUGGUCCCUAGUUGGAUCACUGACUCGGACUGUCGAAUAUUUGAAACUGACAGUCGAAGACGAGGAGUUCCGAGGCCGUACGUCGAUUUCAAGACCGUUUAUAUCUCUCUCCCGUCCGGAGAGCUGGGUCGAGGCAGAGGAGCGACGCCGUGUGUUCUGGAACGUAUUCAACUUCGACCGGUUUUGCUCCGUGGCAAUGGGCUGGAACACUAGCCUCACCUCGGACGAUGUGCACCGUCGUCUUCCUUGCGAUGGAGUCUAUUGGAGAAGGGAUAAACCCAAUGUUACAGCCUUUUUUGGCAUCUGGGACAAGUCAGCAGCGCGGAUGGGGAAUCCCAUCGCCUUUCCUCCGGCCCAUUACGUGUCUCCGCAAGGUACGGUGGUCAAUGACGCCCCUGAACAGAGUCCGAACAACGCCAGCGGCUCUGUUUCAUCGCCGGAAGAUCCCCUGAUGGAGGCUGUUGGGGCUUUCGCCUACCGCAUCGAAGCAACCGAGUCGCUGAGCCGCGUCAUGACUUACUUCCUACAACAAAAGGUCGACAUGCACCGUCCAGAGAACGUCACCAGCUGGCUCACACGGUUCAAGGAACUCGACCUGCGCCUUGUUCACUGGAAGAUGCUCCUUCCAAAGAAGUGGAAAGCCGCCAACCCUACCAACACCACUGUCAGGCCCCACGACACGGCCAAUCAGAACGGCCCACCUAGUGGCAGUGGAGAAGCGACGGAACUAGAGGUCGACGCCAAACGCGAAACAGUAGUGAUGGACCCAAAUCUCACACUGGCACACAUCACUCACAAUGCUUCCAUGAUUCUCUUACAUCAACCUAUCGCGUUUCCACCCCACGACUGGACUUUCCGCAGCCGCUUGCCCAGCGGUUGCUCUGCAGAGACCUGUCAGCAGGCGGCUGUUGAAAUUGCCACUAUCACUGAACAAUACCUUAAAGUGUCUCCGGCAACGUUCCCCGUCUAUCCCCAGUUUUCAUUCUGCGUGUAUGUGGCAGCCCGACUCCUGCUAGCCUACGGGACCUACUACGGUGGAGAGAGCACUGCUCUGUACUCCAAAUCCGAUGUCGAUGACAGGUUUUGGACGCUAGUCCGAAGCCUAGAUGAAAUGUCGCGUCGAUGGAACGGGAACGUGGUGGUGCCAGAGACCACGACUUUGACCAAGGAUCUGGCGGCAAAAUACGCGUUAAAACUGAGAGAGAUGAACGAUAUGUGCAUGCAGGGCUUGGGCUACAGAAUAAGUGUCUUGGAUUACACGCAAGAUAUCGACCAUUGCAGCAGUAAGACCGACCCUAUUGUAGGAGAUCCAGUUCCUGAGUCAACUCCAAAUGGCUUGACUCAACAACCAUAUCAACACCUGCAGGCACAGCCAGCGCACAACUUUCAAGGUGGUGGAAGGCCCGCGGAGAGCCAGCCAAACGGGGACCUCAUCAAUGCGGCACCGGCCAUGGCGUUACCCUGGCCUUCAUCCCCAUUACAACUCCCCAGGAAUCCUAACGACCACCACCAGACAAUGUAUGGGAAAGAAACGUACUCUCCAGGGAGAGAUCAAGCGCCCUGCGACCUGAGUGCUAUUUCACAGGUGUUGCUGGGCCAUCAAUUUAUGGAUUUGGACCGGAUCAUCAGUUUCGACAACGGAAUGUUCAGUGCCAAUCUAGACCAAUCUUGGUGA